UCUAUUUUCAAUUUAGUUAGUAACUACAAAAUUAACUAAAUUGUGACCUAAGCAGUGUUUAAGGUGUUGAAAAUGGCGCUGUUUUGGAAAAAUUCUAAUUUAUGGAUGUACCUUAUAUCUGUUACAACACUUGUUGUAUUUUCAGCGCUAUCAAUUCUGGCGUAUCUACUGAUGAUGGAGUACGUAUCCUCAGAGGAUCUUCUUAUAUUAUCUCCAAGGGUGGUACACGCCGGCAAGCCUUUUGCUGCAGUCUUAAUGAUCUUCACAGCUUUGAAGGCAUUUUUCUCGAUUUUAUCGAUAAUUGGGAUAAAAAAGUCCCGCCCCGUGCUGAUCGCGGUGUACCUGGGCUACGGAGCCUUCAUGGUGAUCACCAUAUUCGUGAUGGCACUGCUGCUGCUCCUCUGGCUGUUUUGGGCUGAUGCUCUCGCCGCGGUCGUGUUUGAUGGGAUCUACGUGUAUUCUCUGGUCAAGAUGCACGAUGGAUAUGAAAGCAUCUUGAGAGGCAAGUGCUCUGACAACAUGGAGCACAAUCUACUGCAAGAGGAGGAAGUCCCGGCAUAGUGUCAUUUAUGCGACAUAUACACGCUAGGCAAGCAACUUGACAAGCAAAGAAAAUGCACAAUAUCAAGUUGAUUGUCAAACGUGUGCGAGACUUCUCUAUCUCACCUAUGUUGUUACAAAAUAAGAGUACUUGACAAUUGCAUGGUUUAUGAGGGUUUUAGGCAGAUGUUAAGAUCUUUUCUAUAGCGUUUUUGAGCGCUUAAAGUUUUUUACGUUGGCUACUAAAAAAUUAAAGCUCUUACCAAAAUCUUGCGAAAUAACCGCAAAAACCAUGCAGUCACAAAGUUAACUCUGAUAUUUAUAAGUAAACAGAAGGUUGUUACAAAGAGAUUAACUAUGUUAUAAUUAACGUGUAGUUUUCUUAUUUUAAUAUUCAUAUAAUUUUAAUGCUUAUUGAAAGUAUUCAAGGUCCCUCUUCACGUUAGACUACGAUAGUAUCCAUGAUUGCCAUCAUGACUGCAAAGCUGUCUUUACUUGAAUGCACAAUUAAUGUCAAUCAUGGCCAACAACGACAUGUUCGUAACCGCUUGUAUUAGUAAUUACUUAAUUAGUAUACGAUGCGCCAACAUGGAGAGGCUAUAUUAUUAGAUAUUGAUAAUUAGCUUUUAAGUGGGAAUCUACUUCAAGUAGAUUAGUUGUGUUUAAAUGUAAUAUUAAAUAUUUGCCUCUAUGCAAUAAUGAUACUCUGAAUAGUCGUAGUAGAUAAUAUUA